UACACAGAGAGAGAGAGAGAGAGAGAGAGAGAGAAAGAGGUGACCCAAUAAGGGUUUUCCGUGGAAAGUUGCACAGAAAGGUAAGGUUUCCCUUCCCACUCUCUCUUCCACUAUCUUUGAAGUCUAAAUCAUUGGGGGGCUUUGCUUGCGUGUAAUUUGAGACGGCGUUUUUUGUAGUCUGAUUCAGGGGUUUCUUUCUGAGGCCUGAUGUGUGGUUUACAGUUGCUUUGCUGGUGGUGAAUCAAGGGGCUUGACGGUUUUUGUAUUUGGUUUGGGAUUGAAGACGAAGUUUGUGACUGUUUUUAGGAGAUUUGUGGUUUGAAUUUGGAUUUUUGGCUGUGAUUACUAGGAGGAUUUGCUGUUUGUGGGUCUUGAUGUUGAUGGGAAGUUGUGUGAUUUGAAGUUUCAAAAAGAAACGGAGGGUUGGAGGAGUUGUUGAGGUGGAAGAAAAAUUCUCUUUUUCUCGUUCUGUUCUGGUAUGAACUAGGGCAGCUGGAAUUCGGCUUGGCGGGAAUCUGUCCUGGCAUUUGGAUCAUUUGAUAGCAAAUCUUGGCCGUAGGAGGAAUAUUUGGAGGUUUUUAGCUGUUAUUGAAACUGAAAUUUUAAAGCUUGGAGGUGGCUCAACCUUUCUGUGUUUGCAACAUGGUCAUAUCAUUUUCAGGUGUUUGAACUGCAAAUAUAUCCAGGCAGACUCUGUGUUUCAACUUCGGGAGCUUGUGGGUUACAACUCAGUAACCUUGAAUUCAGAGAGGACAUAUCGGUUUUGGAUUGUUCCUGUUAGUGAAAUCCGUACAAUUAAUAUCUAAGCAAGCGAAAUGGCUUUUUUGAUUGUUUUCAGGCUUUAGCACUGAAACUAUUGGAAAUUGUUAUUUGGGCAGCUGUAAAAUCAGCAGGUUUUGAUAAAGUAGAGGGUUUGAGGUAUUUGAGGUGAAAAUGGCAGCUGAUUCAAACAUGGGCAUUCAUCAAGGUGCGUUUAUGGCUUCCAUGUUGAAUAGGCAUACAAUUUCAUUUCAAUCAAGUGCCUCAAGCAGUAACUCAGGGAUGAUUCCUUUGGGAAACUCUAUUGGGAUAAACGGUACGGUUCCAUUGGGAAAUUCUCUAGGGAUGAACAGUACAUCAGGGAUGAUACUUACUGGUAAUUCCAGUAUGAUAAACAACAACCCUGGAAUAACAGCAGCUGGAAAUUCCCCUGGUUCUCUUCUUCUUGAUUCAGUGCCUGGUCUCAAGCAUGAUACAGGAUUGGCUGUUGAGUGGUCCCCGGAAGAACAGUCUAAAUUGGAGGAAGGUCUUGUAAAAUAUGCUGAUGAACCAAGUAUCAUGAGGUACGUCAAGAUUGCAGCCACUCUUCCUGACAAGACUGUACGUGAUGUUGCUCUAAGGUGUCAGUGGAUGACGAAGGAGAAGAGCGGAAAAAGAAGGAAACCAGAAGAUCAUUACACAGGAAAGAAGAUGAAAGAUAGGAAGGAAAAAUUGGCAGAAUCUUCCUCAAAGGCAAGUUUACCUCCGGUUCCACUUCAAAACAUGUCUGCAUAUCCUCUCAGGAUGGACCACAUGGAUCGUGAUCAGAUACCUUGUGAAGUCCCAGCAGUAGGCGGCACAACCAAGAAACUUUUGGAUGAGAAUUAUCAAGUAUUCAACCGAAUUGCAGCUAAUCUCGCAACAUUGGAGAUACAAGAUAACGUUGAUCUCUUCUGUCGCACGAGGAACAAUAUUACAGCCAUAUUGAAUGAUAUGAGAAGUAUGCCUGGGAUUAUGAGCCAGAUGCCACCAUUGCCUAUAUCGAUCAAUGAUGAACUCGCAAAUAGUAUUUUACCAAGUACAUCCGAGACCUUGAUGUUUGGCUCGUCCAGAGGGAUCCAUCUGAAGCAAGAGUCAGGAUGUUGACAGAGAGCAGUAGCGUGUAAGGUGGGGUCUUCCUGGCCUGUGUAAGUACAAAAAUUUUCUUCUGUAAAUGCAUUAAGAAGAUGGUAGGAGGUCUCUCUCUUCAUUUGUGUACACAUACAUCACACACCCGACACAUGGGUCCCACGAAGAGGAAAUUUGUAGAGAUCCCAUUUUUGGAAUCUU